UCAUUUAGAACAAUCAGACGUCAAAGAAGAAUCUGAGUUAAAUAUACUUAAAUAUUUCCGGUUUGAAACAUUUCCACUGAUUAUACAUACGACGCUAAAGGUAUAACCUUAAAAUCCACAGCUACUGAAAAUGAUCAGAAUGGUGACUGAACUGCUCCUAGUUGGUAUACUGAUGAUCCCAAUGCUUGUAGAUGCUGGGCUAUGUGGUUGCCAAAGGAAAUAUGCCCCCGUUUGUGGUACCGAUGGAAAUACCUACAAUAACGAGUGUACCAUGAGAUGCGAGGGAGCCAUGUUUGAUUAUUACGGAGAAUGUAAGAAGGUAUGCAAAUGCCGUAAAAACUAUGACCCUGUUUGCGGAAUGGAUGGGAAUACCUACGAUAAUGACUGUCUCAUGGAAUGCCAGGGGAUAACCUUGGAUCACAAUGGGCAGUGCAACAAGCUGUGUGGUUGUCCACUGAAUUGGGAUCCUGUCUGUGGCAUGGAUGGGAAGAACUACCCUAACGAAUGCAGUCUGAACUGCGAGGGAGCCAUGUUUGAUUAUUACGGAGAAUGUAAGAAGGUAUGCAAAUGCCGUAAAAACUAUGACCCUGUUUGCGGAAUGGAUGGGAAUACCUACGAUAAUGACUGUCUCAUGGAAUGCCAGGGGAUAACCUUGGAACACAAUGGGCAGUGCAACAAGCUGUGUGCUUGUCCACUGAUUUGGGAUCCUGUCUGUGGCAUGGAUGGGAGGAACUACCCUAACAAAUGCAGUAUGAACUGCGAAGGAGUAGUCCUGGAUUAUAAUGGAGAAUGUAACAAGUUGUGUGGAUGUCGAGAAAAUAUAUAUGACCCCGUUUGCGGAAUGGACGGAGAAACCUAUGCUAAUGAGUGCACCAUGAAAUGCGAAGGGGUUUCUCUGGAUCAUUAUGGAGAAUGCAAUAAGAUCUGUGCUUGUCCAGAGAUCUGGGAUCCUGUUUGUGGCAUGGAUGGAAAGACCUAUCCCCAACGAGUGUACAAUGAACUGCGAUGGAGCUUCCAUGGAUCAUAGUGGGGAAUGUAAGAAGUUAUGCGGUUGCCACAAAAUCUAUGCUCCCGUUUGCGGUAUGGAUGGGAAUACCUAUGAUAACAAUUGUCUUAUGAAAUGCGAAGGGAUUGACUUAGACCAUUACGGACCUUGUCACAAGGUUUGCCCUUGCCCGUUGAUUUUGGAUCUUGCUUGCGGAACGGAUGGGAAGACCUACCCUAAUGAGUGUACAAUGAACUGCGAAGAAGUCCCCUUGGCACAUCAUGGCGGCUGUUCCAAGUGACACUGCUGGCAUUUACAUUGAAGCUGACUUUUCGUGAAGACAUCAAUUAAAUCUUUUUUCUCUGUAA